UAACAGGCAGUUUAACAUUAAUGAAAUUCUAAGGUCCCUUACUGGCAGCAACGUCUGCUUUCUAAAUGAAGUCCUCCUCUGUCAUAAUUCAAUCACUUCACAUUUCAGUUUCAUAAACCCAGGUCAUAUAGACACAGUAGACCUGGCUGAUUAUGACUAGGUGAGAGCAGGUGGUUCGCUUUAUAUGAAGAGGAAGUUGUAACUUUGUAAAUUUCCUUCUAUGCUUUGAGGUGGCUUCUGGAUUGUAACCAAAUGAAAAAAAGUCUAGCAUCAUGGUGCCUCUUAUUAUAUUAUAGUUCAGAAUGUUAGUAUCGGUAUAACCAUACAGCUAUUUUCCCUCUUGCCAAAGUCAGGUUCCUCAAUUGGUUCUGGACUGCAAGAAGCAGGUUUUGACUGAUGCAAACCAAGGCCGGCCAAGCUGAAAGGGAUCAUGGAUCUCCAUAAUAAAACGUACAUAUCCAUUCAAGCCAACUGCACGGUGGACACCAGCUACCGCUUCACCUACUACAAGAUCUCCUACAGCAUGAUCUUCAUAUUCGCCGUAGUCAGCAAUGCCACAGCGCUGCGGCGUUUUUGCCACAUGCCUUGGACGUUCACCAGCACGGCCAUCUACAUGACCAACCUGGCUGCUGCGGAUAUCUUCUUCGUGAUCUCCCUCCCCCUGCGCAUCUAUUAUUACCACAACAAAGCCGCCACUACCUCCAACCUCACCAACGACUGGUCUCCAGGAGGUACUUUCUGUCAGCUGACCUUCACGUUGAAGUAUAUCAGCCUAUAUGGUGGAAUCUUCUUCCUGGUUUGCAUUGGAGUAGACCGCUACUUUGCCGUGGUUCACCCUCUACAUAAGCAUCUGAGGAAGGUUCGUACCGCCCGCAUGCUCAGCGUUGGGAUCUGGUGCUUGGUUCUGGCACUCAGCCUAACUCUGCCCUUUCUGUAUUCGGCGGCAUCCGGAUGGCACAAGUCAUGCCUCUUGGAUCCGUCUUCUAAACGCCACCGUACUAUAAUCCUAGCUGCCCUCGGCUUGGUGCAAAUCGCCUACCUGUUGCCCGCAUUGCUCCUGCUGUUCAGCUACUGCAGCAUACUCCGUGUGCUUCGCAGGCUGCCGCACCGCAGGAAGAUCCGGCACCGACGCACACUCACCAUCAUCUACUGGGUCCUGGUGGUCUUUUUUCUCUGCUUUACCCCAUAUCACCUCAAUCUGCUAGGUUACACUCUUACACAGGUGGGCCUUGUGCACAGCUGCGGCCUGGCUCAAGUCACAAAAGUUCUUCACCCUGUAGUGCUCUCACUGGCCAGCACUAAUUGCUGCCUAAACCCCCUUAUUUACUACUUUUCCAGUAGUUUGGUUCACAAAGAGCCGACCGGCAGCAGAGGAAGUGCUAGUCAAUGAGGUGUUUGCUCAGGAACAGAUUUUAACUAGAAAUGGAUGUAAUGGAGCAUGAAAAAUUUAAACGUAAUUUAAAGGAGACCUGUUAUGCCCCUUUUUUACAAGAUGCAAUAAAUCUCAGGUGUCCCCAGAAUAUGUCUGUGAAGUUUCAGCUCAAAAUCCCCCACAGAUCAUUUAUUAUAUCAUGUUGAAAAUGCUUAUUUGAAGUGAAAGCAGAAACGUGCUGUUUUCAGUGCAUGUCUCUUUAAAUGCAAAUGAUCUGCUGUUCCCUACCCUCUUUUUCCAGAAUAGGACUGUGCCUUUAUACCUCAGAUAUUCUACUAAAAAAAAAAAAAACAUCUGUUUGGUUUUGAUUAGCAUGUCUAUCGUGCUGAAAUCAUGUGUUUUAAAUCAUCAGUUUAAACUUUUAAUAUACAAUUUUCUGAGCGCACACAUCUGAAGCACGCGCACAGAAAGCGGCUGUCACACAGCAUGUGAGUACUAAACUAAGUUCUUUCAUGUCUUAUCGCGCUCAAACUGUCAAAAGCACACAAGUUUGUUAAAAACACACAAGUUACAAAAACACAGUCGGUUAUGUCUGUGAAGGUAAACAGCUGUGAAAGAAAUCGUAUGUUUAUAUUAGAUCUGUGUGACAGCAGCAUAAUAUACAGUAAACAAAUCAAUAAAUCUACUGCUCUCUUGUCUCCUCUGAGGCUGGGACUCUAAAUAGUGUUCUGUGCUUGUCAGUCCAGCCAAAGACAGAACAGUUAGCAUGCUUUGCUCGAACUUUCGGCAUGGCGUUAUAACUGGUGCACUGUUGCCGCUUGCGAAAACACAGUGGCAGUGCCAUGGGUUGAAACUUGCAGAUUAAGGGGUGGUAAUAUUAUAAUAAGAUCCCCUUUCUAGAUCACGGGAGGAGCAAAAUCUGAGCAUCUAAUUUUUUUUCACAAGCUUGCAGAGAAAGGAUUACCAAAAAAAAAACAAAAGAAAAACGGUUGUUUUUAUGUGUCACAUUUAAAGGAUCACUCUGCCAUGUUGCAGAGUAGCUAAACUAAACUGAAGGCUUGCUAAACAGAUGCUUUAGAGACUGAAUGAAGGAAACAAUCCACGUAAAUGGCAGUGGA